GGACAGGCGACGGACCAGCUGCCCCGCGAUUCUGGUUUUCACCGCCUUUGCCCGAUGGAGUCACGAUGGGGGUGAUAGUGGGGUCUCAGACAACACAAGCCCGACUCACAGAUGGCAGUACCCCACGACAAACAAAGCUUCAUCAUUGAGACGACCGUUGCAGCCUACAGUGUUCUGAAGCAGACAUCUACCUAAGGUACCUUAGUUACCCUGCGGUCUGCUUGAAGCUUUGGGCUUGAAUCCUGCUAGGGUCUAGGGUCCAUCUCUCCUGCCCUGAAACCUUAUCUGGCUGCGCGGGGUCAACCUUAUGACGUGAGCUCUGAUCAGGACCACAGGUUCUCUGCCCGGUUAAACCUCCAUCACCUACUCCGGCCUCUCACCAGAUUUUCACUACUUUGCAACGUAUCGUACGAACGCCCUUGUUCCAGCAAUUAACAACUCACCCGGCGAUCAUUCCGAAUCGACCAUUCCGCCAGACAUGUCUCGCCACCAGUUUAUCCGCAACUUGGACUAUCAAGAUGCUGUGGACGAGUAUGAGGGUUACUCGGAAGAGGAGGAUGAGCUCAGCCCGGAAGACCGUGCGUUGAUGAACCAAGGCACCGCCGAUGUUCAGGCCGCCCUCGGCGUUGAGGCUUCAAAGGUCACAGUUGCUCAGAUUGAGGAGGCCUUGUGGCACUAUUACUACGACGUCGACAAGACGGUCGCCUACCUCAAAUCGAAAUUCAUUAACCCACGUCCAAAGACGACAAAGCCAGCAGGUCAGCCACCUAUUGGUAAGUCCGUCAUCUGUGCAGUUGGUCCCGCUGAGGAGGCCCUUCUCUAUGAGCUCGGAAUACAUGCCGGCUGGGCCGGAGACGGCCCGGACAUGACGGACGCCACAUCCUCACCGUCUCUAAUCCGACCACGAAAUGCGAUGCCGCUGUGCGAACUUUCGGGGCGUUCGGCACAGGGGGAGACUGCUCUCGCUGCUCUCAUUACUUUCUCUUCAGAAUCUCGGGCUGGUGUCUCACACUACUUCCGAGAUAUGCCUUGGGGGAACAUCCCGAAGGAUAGAGAGACCACGUUUGUUCCACCGUUACGGCCAAGGGGCGGGCUACUUGGAGGGUCUUCAGCGCAGCCCAAGAUGUCUAAGCUGCAGGCGCUGGCCGCCGCCCGGAAGAAAAAGGCGGAGGAGAAGAGUGCCGGCCAGGACAACGUGGAACAAACGCGAACCAAGAUGACAGAGCUCUCAGUCGGCGAUGCACCAUCAGCGAACGCGAAACUACCCGUGCCUGAGAACGGAAAGGCACCCUUGGCUGGACCCUUUGGCAAACGUUUGAAAACCUCCGAAUCAACGGCCGAGGGGCGCUCACCUGUGAUCGACUCCGAACCGACAAGAUCCGGGCUGUCACAGCCACUGUCCGGAACUGUAAAAGAACCAAACAAUGAGCCAGUGGUUGAGAAAGCCCAGCAGUCCGCCUUUGCUCAAACCCUCUUUGGCCCUUCCGGCGAUGUCUUCCAGCGCCCACUACAGGAGUCAUACUCCUUGUAUGCCGAUCUGCCUUCGUCUGUUCUCGAUGCCUUCUCUCGGCCCAGUCCGGACGACGUGGUUCUUGCGGCUCAAGCGAAAGCUGGAAAGAAGACGGCCGCAGCUCAGCCUAAGAAGGGCCCUCCGUCUACAGGUGCCAUGACAGCUGAAGUAAAGGAGUUGAAGAUCGACGACGCCCCGCUACCCAAGAGCCGAAAUCUCGACGUGCUCUCUGAAUUCGAAAAGAGUCAAAAAAAAAAGAAUGCCAGUUUUGUGGUGGUUGGGCAUGUUGAUGCUGGCAAGAGCACCAUGAUGGGCCGGUUGCUCCUGGAUCUGAAGGUCAUCGAUCAGCGUACCGUCGAUAAGCUUCGGAAAGAGGCAGAAACCAUGGGGAAAAGCUCUUUUGCCCUUGCAUGGGUUUUGGAUCAGCGGUUGGAGGAACGCAGCAGAGGAGUUACCAUCGACAUCGCUACCAAUCGGUUCGAGACCGACCGGACCGUCUUCACCAUUCUUGACGCGCCCGGGCAUAGAGAUUUCAUUCCGAAUAUGAUUGCCGGCGCCAGCCAAGCCGACUUUGCCAUCCUUGUCAUUGAUGCCAGCACAGGUGCCUUUGAAUCGGGACUGAAGGGGCAGACCAGGGAACAUUCCCUCCUGAUUCGAAGCAUGGGUGUAUCUCGCAUCAUCGUGGCCGUCAACAAGCUCGAUACAGUUGCCUGGUCUGAGGAAAGAUUCAAUGAAAUCAAGGACCAGGUUUCCGGCUUCUUAACCGCUACGGGUUUCCAGCAAAAGAACAUUGCCUUUGUCCCGGUGUCCGGUCUGCAUGGUGACAAUUUGGUUCGGCGGUCGUCAGAUCCUGCAGCAUCAUGGUACACCGGGCCGACGCUGGUUGACGAACUGGAGAACUCGGAACCCAAUGCCAGGGCGCUGGAAAAGCCCUUGCGGAUGAGCAUAUCGGAGGUUUACCGGACGAUGCAGAGCCCUGUCACAGUCUCCGGGCGGCUUGACGCCGGCUCCCUGCAAAUGGGCGAUGCUCUUCUCGUCCAGCCAAGCGGGGAGAAGGCCUAUGUCAAGUCACUCCAGGUCGAUGACGCACCAGCUGAGUGGGCGGUUGCCGGGCAGAACGUGGUGCUUCAUCUCACCCACAUCGACCCCAUCCACGUCAGGGUGGGAGACAUCAUCUGCGAUCCAGCGAAGCCAAUCCCACGUGCUGACACGUUUACCAUGAAGGCGCUGGCUUUCGAUUUCUUGAUGCCCAUGCAGGUGGAUGUCCACAGGGGCCGGCUGCACACGGCGGGCAGGAUAGACGGCAUCACCGGGAUCCUUGAUAAGGUCACAGGAGCGGUGACCAAGAAGAAGCCUAAGAUUGUCAAGCCCGCCCAGGUGGCGAGAAUUGUGGUGAAGUUGGAGUCGCAUGUGCCAUUGGAGGCGGGACAGAGAGUGGUGUUAAGGAGCGGUGGGCUGACGGUGGCUGCCGGGUUGUUGGAAUAGAGCUUGUCACGGGAAUUGAGGCUCUUACAUCGUUUCGGCAACACUUAGAGUGGGCUGUGGGGUAAUACAAACUUUAUUUAUUACCUGGCAUAGUUAAAUGAUGAGGUACCGCAGUAACUACGACUUCCCGCAGCAGCGGCGUCGGUGUCUCAAGGG